GAUGGCGGGUCAGGACACACGCACAGGAGCAGCAGGGGAGCGCAUCCCUGGGGACCGCGCCAUGUGGGCCAGCUGGUGGUUCUGGCCCCUGGUGGCCGUCUGCACUGCGGACCAGUUCCGGAACACAGCGGAGAGGAUCAUGCAGGGCACGCCUGUCAUUGACGGGCACAAUGACCUGCCCUGGCAACUGCUGAAACUGUUCAACAAUCAGCUUCAGGACCCGAGGGCCAACCUGACCAGCCUGGCCCACACGCACACCAACAUCCCCAAGCUGAGGGCUGGCUUUGUGGGUGCCCAGUUCUGGUCUGCGUACACGCCCUGCGACACCCAGAACAAGGAUGCCGUGAAGAGGACGCUGGAGCAGAUCGACGUCAUCCACCGCAUGUGCCAGUUGUACCCCGAGACCUUCCUGUGUGUCACCGACAGCACAGGCAUCCGGCGGGCCUUCCAGGAGGGAAAGGUGGCCAGUCUGGUCGGCGUGGAGGGCGGCCACUCCAUCGACAGCAGCCUGGGCGUCCUGCGGGCGCUCUACCACCUGGGCAUGCGGUACCUGACUCUCACCCACAGCUGCAACACGCCCUGGGCCGACAACUGGCUGGUGGACACGGGAGAGGACGAGGCCCGCAGCCAAGGCCUGUCACUCUUUGGGCAGAGUGUCGUGAAGGAGAUGAACCGACUGGGCAUCAUCAUCGACUUGGCCCACGCGUCCAUGGCCACCAUGAAGGCUGUGCUGCAGCUGUCCAAGGCCCCCGUGGUCUUCAGCCACUCCUCGGCCUACAGUGUGUGCCAGCACCGGCGCAACGUGCCCGAUGACGUGCUCCAGCUGGUGAAGGAGACGGGCAGCCUGGUGAUGGUGAACUUCUACAGUGACUACGUUUCCUGCAGAGCGGAGGCCAACUUGUCCCAAGUGGCAGAUCACCUGGACCACAUCAAGAAGGUGGCGGGGGCCGGAGCCGUGGGCUUGGGUGGGGACUACGAUGGUGUGUCCAGGCUUCCCUCGGGGCUUGAGGACGUGUCCAAGUAUCCAGACCUGGCCGCCGAGCUGCUGAGGAGACAGUGGACCGAGGCAGAGGUCAAGGGCGUCCUGGCAGACAACCUGCUGAGGGUCUUCGAGGCGGUGGAGCAGGCGCGCAGUCACACACAGGCUCCCGGCGAGGAGCCCAUCCCCUUGGGCCAGCUGGAGGCCUCCUGCAGGACCAGCUAUGGCUACUCAGGGGCCCCCAGCCUCCACCUCCAGCCGGGGGCCCUGCUGGCCUCCCUUGCACUCCUCGUCCUCUGCCCGUGUCGCCUCUGACACCCUGGGUGCUAGAACGGCAGCGACUCCCCGUGCGCUCAGACUGGCCUGUCCUGGGCAGGCACCUGCGCUCCCCUGGGCGGCACAAAACACAGGCACGGCGGGACCCUCAAUAAAGUCGCCGAUCCUUUGAGUCUCGUGUCAUCAGCACCCUGGCCCUGGAGGGGGCUCCUGGCUGGACACCAGACACAGGAGUGCCUGAGUCCUGAAGGUCAGGGCCAGAGGGGUCAGGGUCUGAGAGGCUUUGCGUGGACGUUGCUGGAGGGUCUUUAAAAUAACACACAGUCCAGGCUCCGGCUGCCACCUCCCCACGCACAUCUGUAUACAGGUGCGUGCACACACACAGGCACGCACAUGUGUGCACAUCUGCACCCCAUAUCCUCAUACCGGUGCACACCCAUGCUCUCACAUAUACACACCCACACACACACACGCUUGUGCCCACGGCCCACCCCUUGGGCCAGCCUCUCUUGGCAAACAGGAAAGCAAGGUCUGGAGCAGGGAGGAACCCAGCCCUGCAGGGUGUCCUCACACACCAUGAACAAGGACCCUGCAGGGCAGGGCUCCGCCCAAGGGGGGCUCAGUAGCGUUCCCCCUGCCACCGGUCAUCCGGUGCAUGUGUCUUGAGAUGAAUAACUUGGUGACAGACCCUGGACAAGACCCCCAACGCAUCCCUCCUGGCCCCUUUCCAGGCCAGAGCCCCUGAGGAUGCCCCUCUGCGCUGUUACCCACUGGUGCCUGCCAGCCUGGGCCGUGGGAGCCAGCGAGGGCCUCUGGGCUGUGGCCCUGCCUCUCGCUCCCAGCAGGCACUCUCUCCAGGGAUACCUAAAGCCACCAGCAGGGACACUGUGGGUAUUUGCUGAUCACUUAGGAUCAGUUUAACGUUAAAGGAGAAGAAGGGGUUUCUGUCCUGAGUUGGCUGAACCCUGCCCAGCACGCCAGCCUGCCAUGGCUGGCUGAUUUAUCAGGGCUGGAGGGCCCCCUGGUGGGCCGCAGGCGGGCACGCCUGAGUUUGCUAACUGGGAGGGAUUUUCCCAUAAGAAACGCUGUAAUAUUCGUCUGAAAUAAUCUUAACCACGUUAGAAUCACACCCGAGGCCACACCUCACGUGUCAUCCCCAGCAUCUGGUUCUGGGGACCCUUCUGCUCACCCCUCAUUCACCCUGGGAGACACAGGCCUGCAGGCCUUUCCUGGGGGGCCUGGUAAGGGGCUCCAGGGAGGCGGGUGCCACACCCGGGCCCACCCAGCAGCGUGGAGCCUGCUCAGGAGCCCCUGGAGGGCUGUCUCCCCAGGCAGGGCCCACAUCAGCGAUUCUCCAACCAGGCAACAAGCGGCCCCAGGCCCUGUUCAAACCCAGACGUGCUCGGAGGGGACAAGGGGGGCCCAGAGCCACGGGUGGUCACUCUGACAGGCGGGCUGGGCACAAGGGGCAUGGACCCCACUGUGGUUCCGACUCUACAACCCUGGCCACGGAUCACACGCCCCAAAAACCUGGUCAAGACCAUCCAGGCCGCGAAGCACCAGCGUGAAACACAAGGCAAAUAAUCUAACAGAGACGACACAUUGAGGGGCCCAGCAAGGCCUGCGACAAACCCAGUCCUCGGGUGGGUAAGGGCGUCUCUCGGGGGUGGGGGCAGCCAGCAGUGCCGAAACUAGAACUUUGUGUGGGGAGCAGGGGCUGAGAACCUGAAAACGGGGUUUUCCCUGCCCAAGGAGUAACCCAGAGGGGGAGGCCUGACAAGUGCAAACCUGUGGUCCCCGUGCCCACGGGGCGUGUGUGUGUGUGUGUGUGUGUGUUGGUGUGUGUCCGGACAUAGUUUCUGGUGCACACAGUGGGGUGCCCGGACGUAGUUCCCGUGAGCACAGAGGGGGGCCCACAGACGUGCUUCGUGUGAGCGGUGGGUUGUGGGGAAGGUGGCCGGACGUAGUUUCUGGUGCACAUAGGGUGGUGCACCAACGUGGUUCCGGCGCGCAGAGAGGGGGCGCGCUGAUGUGGCUCACGUGUCCAGAGAGGGGCGCACUGACGUGGUUUCCGGUGCACACAGCGGGGUGACCAGAUGUGGUUCCCGUGAGUACAGAGGGGCGCCCGGUGGUAGUUUCUGGGGGCACAUAGGGGUGCGCACAGAUGUAGUUUCUGGUGCACACAGCGGGGCACCGGGACUUGGUUUCUGGCGCACACGUAGGUUGCCCGGAAGCGGUUUCUGGGGCACACGGGGUGGGGGGCGCCCGGACGCAGUUCCCACGAGCACACCGGUGCAGACCCACUGGCCUCGAGACCGUCCCGGUCACGUAGAGAAAUGGGAGGGCCUGUGCCACGUUCGGGGCUGGAGGGGCCACAGGGUAAUAACGUGAGGGCUGUUUCCUGAUUUGGUCGGUUCUACGGUAACUAGGUUGACGUGAGGGAAGCUCCUACAGGGAAGUAUACAGAAGUUGUGUACUUGGUUUGCAGCUGUUACAUAAGUUUAAAAGUAUUUCAAGGUAAAAUCAUAGAGGAACUGUGGAUCUGAUUCGGCCUCACCGAGCAGGGCCUGGGAAUCCCACUCCUCACAGCACCCCAGCUGCCCUCCUUCAGGAACCCGUCAGCCUCCUACUGGCGGGCUGGACUGCAAGCCGGCCGUCCCCUUAAGGCCCCCACCCCACCCCAGGCCACUAAAGCAAAGAUGGAGACAGUUCUCGGGCAUCAACCUCUUUAUUCACAACAGCAUUUCAGGAAAAGGCAAACUUCGCCUGCUGCCCUUUGAUGCAGUGUGGCCUCUGCCCCCAGCGGGCGUCUCCGUGGAGCUCUGCACCCCCUGGGGACCUUCUCUGAACCCCCGGCACGUGGGAGCCCCAAGGGAUGAUGGCCAGGGAGUAAGGCGAGGUCGGCAUCACAGAAGAAAAACCAGGUGGCUCUUGAAGCCCAUUCUCUCCGGCCUCACACCACAGUCCAGAGCCCCAGGCAGCCCACAGCACAACUUACUGUACAGAGCACACAAGGGCUCCAAGUCCAGGAAGAAUCAAACGCAGAGAGCCAGGGAAAGUUCUCCCACGUUUCUGUCCGUGACAGCCAGCGGCCAGCCAGAGGCCUCUGGUCAGCACCAACAAGCAGUGCUCUCCAGCUGACGCUGGGGAGGGGCUCAUACCAAAUGCUCCCGAUCUACUUGCUCCUUCUUUUUGGCAAAAAAAAAAAAA